CUCGCGGGAGCCAAUUUCUCUCGGUCAGUCAGUCAGAGUCAAUCAAACGUUGCAGACACAACCCAUAAGCUGAGGAGCUUCCUCUGAUAGCUACUACCCAAACUUCACUGUACUCCGGUAUUCUUGUCUGAGUCAAUAUCCGCCUGCUUCAGGAAUCGAUUACGGUUUCGUUUGUCGCACGACGAAGAGAAUCGGCACAGCCAACUUGGAUUGGUGAUUAGUGAUAUCAGCUGAGAUUUUGUGGAUCGUCAGCAUCUUUAGCAGCCCUUAAUCAGUGCCAAGGAGCAACGAAACGGUUUCGUGAGUUUGUGAUUCAGUGCUACCCCACAGUCAGCCGUGGGGGUUUAUUUUUAGCCGAAAGAGCCGUGGCAAGUUGAUUUCGCUUUUUCGGCAUAUUCGCUAUUAAUUCGCUAAAAUUAGCGAAUUACUCGAUACUGUGAGAGCCUGGUCGGGUCGGGUGUGUGAGAGUGAUUUCGACGUUGUUGUUGGCUUGAAGCAAAUCGAUACCAGAUACCAUCAUCACCUAUCCGUCCAAUAUACGGAGCCAAGAAGAGGUGCCAAGAAGAGAUAUACUGACCGCAACGUGUGAACAAGUGAGCACUACGGGAGCGUCUACGCCUGAAUGACGCGUGAGUGACAACAGCAACAAAGUGUGCGGCUUGAAACUUCUGCAAUCAAUCGCCAGGCGACCGCCAGAUCGUCGGUGAGUGCCGCCAACUGUGUCUCAGUGCUUUUUGUCCGGAAAACGUGAUUUAGCCGUACGGCGGAAUUCCACAUGUAUAAAUUCUUCGUGAAUUCGAGCGUGAAAUACAUAAUAAAGUAGAGAGAAGGAAGAAGCGACUACAAGAUCAAGUUCAAAGUGUUCGGGCCAAGUUACAAGUGUGAGCUUGAUAGUCUAGUGUGUAGAGAAGAAGAAUCAGAAAAAUAGGUAAAAAUAAACGCAUACUGGGUACAGUGAGGGUCGAUUCUACCACCGAAUCCAACUAUCAUCCAACCGGUGCUUGUUUUUCGCUCGGAACGACCGAAAUAACUAAUUUCAUGUGUAAAUUCGCAAGCAAGAAGAACUCAAUCCUAACCGACAAUAAGAAACGCGUUCGACUAUUCUUCCGCAAGCCACGUUACACGCACUACUGCUCCGUUUGGUACAUCAUAGAAUCGGCAGCGGCUGCAGCGGAGGAAGAAACGGCCAACGGCGCGGAUCGAAGGGCACGGAUCAACUGAAGUUCUCCAUUCUCCACGGAGAACUUAAACUCCAAGACUCUCAAAACCCCCCAAACAAAAGUAUUCCAAACCUCCAAAACUUCUACGUAUACUCCAUUCCGCAAAGCUGCGAAGUUCUGCCGAAUCCGACGCCACAGUCCAGUGAGUGUUUUGUGUUUGUGUGGAAGUCCCAGGACCGGUUCGCGUUCCGUCCGGGUGAAGAGCUUUUACAUAACCCACCAAGUCACGCAGAGCAGUCGUAGUUGGCGUUGCGCCGCGGCAAGUGAGUGGAUAACUUUUGCCAAUCGUAGCAAGCUCCGUAGUUCGAGUCACAUGUGUGGCAAUGUGCCUGGUCGUCUGCGUUGAAGAAGAAUAGCCUACUGUGUCGAACUGAAGAAAAAUACCUGCGCGGCGGCAGUUUGUCGAGUGCGAAAUUCGAGAACAUCUCGUUCGGGGGUUCAAUCGAGCGUGUCAGUAAAUUUGCGGCGAGCAAAACAACAAGGACCUCAACCAGUGAUUCGCCGACGGAAGUGUGUUUGAAGCGGCAAACAGCACCACCAUGGAAGGCUAUUGGGAGGCAGCCAACGGUCACGCACCGCAUCCCGUCAAAUAUGAAAGUGAAGCAUCCGUGCCCGGGUAUUCGUAUUGCAACGAGCAGCUGAACUUCUCCACAACCAACACCAACUACAGCGAGGAUGACGCCGACUUUGCCCCGGGACGACGGGGAAAAACGUCUAGGCAAGAUCCGCUAUCACAUCGGAUAAUAGAGAAGCGGCGGCGCGAUCGGAUGAACUCCUGCCUGGCGGACCUGUCCCGUCUCAUCCCGCAGCAGUACAUGCGCAAGGGCCGCGGCCGCGUGGAGAAAACCGAAAUCAUCGAGAUGGCCAUCCGGCACCUGAAGAACCUCCAGAACCAGGAGUGCGCCCGGGAGAACUCCUGCAGCGAGCAGUACCGCGUAGGCUACCACGACUGUCUGACCGAGGCGGCCAAGUUCAUGCUGCGGGAGCGGGGCGAGGAGAUGUGCUACCGGAUGGUGGCCCACCUCAAGGAACACUGCAACGAGAUCAUGAAAGGUGAAAUGAUGAAGUCCCGGUGCGGUUCCGAGAUUCCAAACGGCGGCAGUCCAGUGUACCUGCACCCGGGUCCUCUGUCACAGCUCAGGGAUAUGCUAUCGUGUCCGUCUGAUAUCGAACACAGUAGCAAUGACCACCACGACGUGAAGGACCUGAGCUUCCGCAGCAACACCAACAGUAGCAGUAGUAAUCCACCACAGGCAGCGGUCAUUACUUCGACGGCACCAAACAGCGUGCAACAUCUGGACACCUCCAGCAAUCACUCGACGGUGGACUUCGAGGCAUCGUCACCUUCACGCAUUUCCACCAGUUCUACCAACGGCCAGUUGCAACACCUCUCCCAGGACACCAACAACAACAUCAACGCCCAGCACGAAAGUGUCCUGCGAACGAUCCGCAUGCGGAAGUUCUCCGAGACUUCACCCGAGCACGAACACAGCCACAAUAGCUACAAGUUCAAGAACUACAUCCAGCAGCGCUUUUCGCAGGACACUCAUGGUCACGAAAACGGUCACCUGUCGGAGAUGGCUCACAGUCCCUCGUCGGUUCACGAGGAUCAUCCGAUGUCCGAAGUACCUCCGCCGUCGGCCAUCUGCAAGGGUUUGGUGAAUGGGCUAGGACCUAAGAGUAGAACGGACAGUGCCACCGGCCAGACCAACGGAAGCGACGAGCCGCUGUCCCUGAAACGGAAGAUCUCCUCCGCGGAGCAGAGUUCGCCGGGACCGCAGGCGGUCCGGGACGACCGGGAAGACACCAAGAACGGCCUCACCGACAUCAAGAGUGAGCACGUGGCGAGAAGCGUUUACGCUUCGUACGCCGUGCCCGUCUUCGCCUGCCAUACCCAGGGUUUCUAUAUUCCACUGAACGUCAACUACGACAGUCUACUGCCAUACCUGAACGGAAUCGAUCUGUUCGGCAAGAGCUACCGGCAGAUGCCGCCGCUGCACCCGAUCAGCAUCAGCGUCAACUACGCCCCGGCCAGCCUGAUCAAGGCCGGCGCCGUCAACGGGCUGACUCCGGCCGGUAAGUCCACCCUUGUCGAAACCAUGGUCAACGGAUGCUAGAGGGACCUAACCCCUAAAUUUUUUGCUGCGUUUUGGCUCAAAUCGGAACCCGUGAAGGUUAGGAUCCGCGCCAUGAUUUGAACCUUUAUUGGUCAUGAAUGAUGUUAGAUUAUCCAAAAUACUUUGCCAUUGUGCUCCCCAGGGAGUUUUUAUCAGAAAAACAUAUCCAUCAAAUCCGUGCUCACAAGUCGUUUUCUAUUAGGUGAGCUGCAUCUCUCGGAAAAGUUUCGAAAACAAUCGUAAGGCCUACGUUUUUGUUUUGAAAUUUUGCCCAGACAUACAGUUUAGCAAUAGAAAGGACAGGUGAGCGCAGAUUUGAUGGUCGUUUUUUUCUAAUACUAACGGUCUGGGGAGCACCGUGACUUUGUGUUGCCUUAUUUUGAUGAAUACUUUUCCAAAAAAAAAAAUGCAUAACCGUAAAAGACGGCAACACUUUGAAAAAAAGAAAAUGCAUUUUUGCCAUUCACAAUAUGCAUUUGACCUAGUUUUUUUCCUAGAUAAUUUAUACGUAAAACACGCUAAUGGUUCUUGUAAUUGGAACUGAUUGGAAUGAUAUAAAAGCAUACUUAACCACAUGAAACUGUUUAGAAAACACAAAAUGCCAUUGUUAGGAAAGAAAAAUAAACAAAAUCAGUAGAUAACCUUAGUAACAACCCGCGAAAGUAAUAAAUUCCAUUUAAAAAAUUACCGCCGAAGCUUGAGAAAAAGAAGCAAACCAGCGCAGACAAGGAUAGAAGCAAGUAAACUAACAAACAAAGUAUGUGUAAUAUGUAUAUUUCAACUCAGGUAAACAAUAUUUGUAACAAA